AUGGAUGCAUGUCUUCUCGGUGCUUGUUCGCUGAAGACGACAGGAGUAAACUACUUAGAACAGGCUGUGUCUAUUGUUGGAAAUGUUCUGUGGUACGACGGUCGCGUUCUCUGGAUGUCGAACGUUUGUUUGAAACAUCCGGGAACACUCGACGUGAAAUCUAGAGCGUGUGGAGAGCUAAACAGAGUGAUUGACGUCUCCUGGAGCAGCUGCGGCCAUCUAAUGGCCGUUCUAAGCGAAAAAAACGUGGCAUUGUGGCGUCUGACAGACGAUUGCAAGAAAUUCAACAAAAUUAUGGAAGAGAGAAACGAGACUGGAGCCACAAGAUGCUUGUGGCACUACAAAAAGCCCAUCGUAUCAUUCCAAUCGAAUGCCGGCUUGGAUUUUUAUGAAGUUUCAUCAAUCAAUUGCAUUCCUGUCUAUCAGUGGAAGUCACGUGACCUAGCAGUAGGGGUUACAUGCUGGAUGCCAGAUGGUGGAAUAAUCGUCACCUCAAAACGCUCUAUUUAUAAACUCAAUUUGCCAGUCUUUACUAAAGAAGCAGAUGGAACUAGCCAAGCGAUCAGUCACGUUUUGACGUUAAAAGGUCAAAUCCGGGCUCUAGUAGUCUCCCAUUCUGCCGACCUUAUUAUGGUAGCUACUGAUCUACAGCUGGACUUGUCGAAUGCUGCCGAAGCCGAGAACAUGUUUGAAGAACCGUGUUUCGAAAAGCGUGACGAUGAGACACCCCAACGUGGGACUGAACUUAGUGGCCUUCGUUUACAAGGCGAACAGUCGUCAUUGUUCCAUUUCCGAAGGAGACAGCCCUCGCACAAUGCUGCUCUUGUGUAUGCCAUAAGGUUGUCUCACAGUAGUGCCACAUCUCUAUGUAGCAGCCACUUGCCCGGGAUUAUGACACCAGAUCUUAUUUGUUUUAAUCAACAGACCGAGCGUCUCGUAGUUGGCAGCACUACGUUUCGUACACUCUACAUUUUUGUCUUGAGGCGCUCGUCUCUUGGCUGUCAACUUGAAUUGGUCAGCAAAGUAGAAAUGGGACUAACAGAUCGACCGAAAGGUCUCUGCUGGAAUUCGACGGUCGGUACCCUCGUGUUAGUCGGGAAACUAAAAGAAUACCCAAAUUGUGCAUUCCUGACAACGUCCGUCGUGACAGAGUAUGAGUUGUUUAUUAGACGGAUAAACGUUGAAUCCCAAUACAAGGAGGAUGCUACAGUAGCAGCUAGAGAGUCAGCUGGUGUUGAGGAUGAGUCGCAUUGUGAGUUGACUGACUUAAAGAUGCCAGAUGGUCAUUUGUUGUAUGAGAAUGAAGUUGCAACUCGUGCGUCCAUUCAAGAGAUUGAGGAUGAACCGAAUGUUUUGGAUGGCGUUUGUGACUUCGAUGGCUGGUCAGAAAGGCAACUAUUAGUUGCUGUUCUUAAGGAUAUUCGUCUGAUCAAGCAUCGUUUGUUACAUCAGUCUGCUUGGAACCGUGAGACGAGAGACCCAAGUGUGUUACCUUCGGUUGCACAAAUGCCUGUAGUUUAUGUCACCGCAGGACGUGAAAGCACCCGACGCACGGCGUUUCUUCUGUGUGGAAAACAACUGAAAUUGAGUGCAUUGCAAACGUCGUUUUGCAUGGAACGGAUCGCUAUGGUCGUAGAGGGCAUGCCGGACGUGGUCCUGACCGCAGGUAGCGACGGAUUCAUUCCACUCAAAUUCGAACCAGAUAGUGAGAUUACUGUAUAUGAAGUAACAUCAGACUAAAACCAACAGGCAGAU